AUGGAUACAGAUGAUAGUAUUGUAUGGACUGAUAGCGAUGAAGAGCUUGAAGAUUCUAAAGAUAGCGAACCUGCUGAUUCUGAAAAUGAGCAAAUAGAUGAUGAUGUUGAUGCAGACACCGAUGAAGACGAGCGUUGGAUAGCAUAUGGUGUGCAAAGAGCCGACCCUCUUUGUUACAAGUUUGACGACCUUGUACGUAAAGGUUUAAUCGAUAAAAAUGGAAUACUUUAUAAGUAUCUUACGGACGUUGUUGAGAUAUUUUAUGAUCGAUGCCAUCAGUAUGAUGGCGACGUCGUUGAAUUUUUUAAUAGUAUUCGCCAUCUAGGAGGUAGGAGAACAGUCAACUUCAUUCGUGGGCCCAUGCAUAUAGGGCAAGGUAAACGAGGAUCUGCGCAGCCCAAGGAGACUUGCAAAAUGAACUUAGGUGGCCCAUCUGAGACGGUAUGCAACAAAGCUCAGGCUGGCUACACGGUUAAAUCUGGCGUUAUCAAACCAAUGAGUCUUGCACAUUUAACGCUUGCAACAAACGAUGUUAGGCAUAUUACACCACUCAUAUCGUCUAACAUUGUUCAUGUCAUAUACCUUGCUCACUUAGCAGCGACGGUAACGCAAUCAAGCCCAGUAUUGAAUAUGACCCACGCCUCAAAAGGUGCGUUGGCUUAA